AAAUUCUUCAAAUUCAAUCUUCCUCUGAUCAAUUCUUCUCUUCCAUUCUCCAUAACCAUCACCAUGGAUUCCCAAUUGAGCUCCAAACUCUCAAGUCUCCGUUUGCCGGAUAUUCAAUUCCGCUCGCCGCAGCAAUCGACCGAGGCCACUCGCGACGGCGGCUCCGUGAGGGAUAAGAAUCAGCAACCUGCAGCGUCCGAGACCACCGCCUCCCAGGGGUGUCCGAUCAACAACAAUCCUCAAUCUGCAGAGGAUAGCGGCGGCUACGACGAAUCGUUGUGCAGAACACCGACGUCCGAGGAACACAAGAUUCCGGCGGUCAUCAGCUGCCCGCCGGCGCCGCGUAGGCCGAGGGCGUCUCCCCCGCGCAAGAGGAGGUUGUUGGAUGAACCGGAAUUCCAUCUGUUCGUGUCGUCGGAAGAGCUGGAGGAGUUCUUCCGAUCGAACUUUGAGGUCCUCACCGGCGCUAAGAGAAGGAGCACCUGUAAUUGAAUGUGGCGGUGCCGAUUGCCCACGCUUCAAACCGCAAUUUGAUUAUUAUAUUUUAUUCUUUUUGAAAGGUACCGACUUGAUUCUGUUUUUUCAAUAUGAAGUUCUUAAGCCUCCUCAAUUGACGUUCUUGAAUUCGUAGUUUUGAUUCAGAAUCUGUAUAGAUCAUAAUUGAAUGUGAAAAUUUUAUUUUCCGAAAAAAAAAUGAAAAAAAUUUAUUAAAUUGAAUA